AUGGCUGCUGAUUCAACUGUCGUCUCCAACACGGAGAAUCUCAUGAAGUACAUGUCCCUCGACCAGCGCGGUCGGGUGAUGGCCGAGUACGUCUGGAUUGACGCCAACGGUGGCACUCGCUCCAAGACCAAGACCCUCUCCAAGGCCGUCAAGACCGUCGAGGAGCUUCCCGAGUGGAACUUCGAUGGCUCCUCCACUGGCCAGGCCCCCGGUGACAACUCCGACGUCUACCUGCGCCCCGUCGCCAUCUUCCCCGACCCCUUCCGCCAGGGUGACAACAUCCUCGUUCUUUGCGAGACCUGGGACGCCGAUGGCAGCCCCAACAAGUUCAACUUCCGCCACGAUGCCGCCCGCCUGAUGGAGACCCACGCCAAGGAGGAGUUCUGGUUCGGUCUCGAGCAGGAGUACACUCUCCUCGGUACUGAUGGUUGGCCCUACGGCUGGCCCCGUGGUGGUUUCCCCGGUGCCCAGGGCCCUUACUACUGUGGUGUCGGUACCGGCAAGGUCUACUGCCGUGACAUCAUCGAGGCUCACUACCGUGCCUGCCUCUACGCUGGUGUCAACAUCUCCGGUAUCAACGCCGAGGUCAUGCCCUCUCAGUGGGAGUACCAGGUUGGCCCCUGCUCCGGUAUUGACAUGGGUGACCACCUCUGGAUGUCCCGCUUCAUCCUCCACCGCGUCGCUGAGGAGUUCGGUGUCCGCAUUUCCUUCGAGCCCAAGCCCAUCAAGGGUGAGUGGAACGGUGCUGGUCUCCAUUCCAACGUCUCGACCUCCGCCACUCGUGCCGAGGGAGGCAUGAAGGUCAUCGAGGCCAUCAUGAAGAAGUUCGAGGCCCGCCACGUGGAGCACAUCGCCGUCUACGGUGAGGGCAACGAGGCCCGUCUCACCGGUCGCCACGAGACCGGCAGCAUCGACAAGUUCUCAUACGGUGUUGCCGACCGUGGUGGCUCCAUCCGUAUCCCCCGCCAGGUCGCCAAGGACGGCAAGGGUUACUUCGAGGACCGCCGCCCCGCUUCGAACGCUGAUCCUUACCAGAUCACUGGUAUCAUCGUCGAGACUAUGUGUGGUGGCCUUUAA